AUGUCUGACAAAAGUGACCUGAAAGCUGAGCUGGAGCGAAAGAAACAGAGGCUAGCUCAAAUACGAGAGGAGAAGAAGAGAAAGGAGGAGGAGAGGAAAAAGAAAGAGUCUGAGAGUCUGCAGCAGAAAACAGAGAAUGUCUCUGAAGAUUCUGACUUGGACCGCAAACGAAGAGAGACGGAGGCGCUGCUGCAGAGUAUUGGGAUCUCACCAGAACCACCAUUAGUGCAGCCUCUGCAGCUCUUAACAUGGGAUACCUGUUAUUUUCAUUAUUUAGUCCCAACCCCUAUGUCUCCCUCUUCACAAUCAGUGAGCACCACCAGUGAUGCUGGCAGCCAGGAGUCUGUAGAUGGAGGGGCAGUGGGAAGGACCCUGCAGUGGGACACGGACCCCUCUGCUCUCCAGCUGCAGGCAGACUCUGAGCUGGGGCGCAGGAUGCACAGACUUGGAGCGUCAAAAAUAGUACAGAUUGACUUCGUUCCCAAAGAGCUUGUGACCUACACUAAAGAGACCCAGACUCCUUCAGCAGCACAUCAAUCUGAAGAAGAAGAAGAGGAUGAGGAGAGCAGUGAGCCUAAAGCUUCCCCUCAGACUGACCAGCCGGAAGAGGAAGUAGAGGCAGAGGACAGUAAAGAGGCCCAUCCCAGAGAGCUGACGGAGGAGGAGAGGGAACAGAUCCUCCACUCAGAGGACUUCCUGGUGUUCUUUGAGCGGUCGGUCUCUGUGGUGGAGCGGGCGCUGGCCGAGGAGGGAGACAUCUUCUUCGACUACAGCGGCCGGGACCUGGAGGACAAAGAAGGGGACAUGCAAGGUGGAUCCAAUCUGUCUUUCAACCGUGUGUUCCAUGACGAUCACUGGUCCAAACACCGAGUAGUCACCUGCUUAGACUGGUCCCCACAGUACCCUGAACUGAUGGUGGCCUCUUACAACAGCAACGAGGAUGCUCCACACGAGCCUGAUGGGAUAGCGCUGGUGUGGAACAUGAAGUUCAAGAAGACCACUCCAGAGUAUACAUUUCACUGCCAGUCGUCAGUGAUGUCUGUGGGCUUUGCUCAGUUCCAUCCUAACCUGGUGGUGGGGGGAACGUACUCUGGACAGAUUGUGUUGUGGGAUAACCGUAGUCACAGGAGGACCCCCGUCCAGAGGACGCCUCUGUCUGCUGCGGCACACACUCACCCAGUGUACUGUGUGAACGUGGUGGGUACCCAGAACGCCAACAACCUGAUAACAGUCUCUACUGAUGGGAAGAUGUGCUCCUGGAGUCUAGACAUGCUCUCUCAGCCUCAGGAGAGUAUGGAGCUGGUGUAUAAUAAGUCCAAGCCCGUAGCAGUAACAGGAAUGGCCUUCCCUGCCGGAGAUGUUAACAACUACGUGGUGGGAAGCGAGGAAGGGAUGGUGUACUCUGCGUCCCGCCACGGCAGUAAAGCAGGUAUAGCUGAGAUGUUUGAGGGGCACCAGGGCCCAGUGACUGGGAUCAGCUGCCAUAACGCUGUGGGCACUGUCGACUUCUCACACCUCUUCAUCACGUCCUCCUUUGACUGGACAGUAAAACUGUGGUCAAUCAAGCACAACAAGCCACUGUACUCUUUUGAGGAUAAUGCAGACUAUGUCUAUGAUGUCAGUUGGUCCCCUGUGCAUCCGGCUCUCUUUGCCUCCGUGGAUGGGAUGGGUCGUUUGGACCUGUGGAACCUCAACAAUGACACUGAGGUGCCCACAGCGAGUGUGACGAUCGAGGGGGCGUGUGCUCUGAACCGUGUGAGAUGGGCGUCGGGAGGCAGAGAGGUUGCCGUGGGUGACUCGGAGGGGCGUGUCUGGAUCUACGAUGUGGGAGAGCUGGCAGUGCCACACCCUGAGGACUGGAGCCACUUCGCCCGCACCCUAGUUGAGAUCCGCGCCAACCGCGGGGAUGGAGAGGAGGAGGGGGCCGUGGAGCUGGCAGCCUGAAACCUUCUCACCCUCUCAUCAAUGGAUGCAACGUUUCAGGACUGACAGCCUGAUAACAGACAUUUACAGAUAACAAACCAUAAUUUACUGACGUAAC